GUUCUUUUCGCCCACAGCCCAGAAAAAAAAAUACCAUUCUUUCUUCUCCCGCUGGCGGUAUUUAAUUAUUUAUUUCGAAUAUUUCAAGAUGCCUGGCUUUAAUUUAAGACGAAGCGAAUGGCUGCCGCGCAGUGAAAAGCUUAAGACGGAAUAUGCUCAGACGGUUCGCUCAACCGGUCCUGCGAGUUAUCGAAUUGUUGAAGUUGAAAGAUCAGAGGAGGACGAUGAAGAUGAGAUGCAUGUCUCGGCGUGGGCACGACAGAUCAUCUCGCUGUUUCCUUUAACUGCAAUUGCCUCGGUGUACUUUGGAUAUACUUACUGGAGAUUGCAAUUCGACACAAUCUUACAAUUAAGAGCUGCUGGCCAGGAUAUGAGCACUCGCUUAUUUUUUUGUGUUUUGGAAUUCCUCACAGUUGGUAAAUAGUCAUGAUCCAGACCUCGAGACCACUUUUUAAUCUUCAAUACAGCACCCAACUUUCUCAAAGCUAUCCUUGAUGCUAUCGCGAUUCUGUUUGGAUCCGAACGUCGCCAACUCAGAUUGGCUGGACUUGCUGCACCUUCGGUGGAUAUCAUUAUCACGACUUGCAAAGAAGACGUGGAUAUCAUCCUGGACACGGUUCGAGGUGCAUUGAACAUUGAAUACCCUAUCGACAAGUUUCGUGUCAUUGUCACGGACGAUGGAGGUUCCUCCGAACUUGCAGAUGCCAUCCGAAAUUUGUCAGCGGCAGACAAGAUUCAACGGCUUUUUUAUACUUGCCGAACUAAAGGUCCCAAUGAUGGCAAUAAAGCCGGUAACAUAAACCAUGGUAAGCUCACACAAUUCCUUCUCUCUUCAAUGGAACAACUUAAGAAACUUUGCUAAUACAACAUUAUCUUCCUAGCUCUCAGGUUCUCCAGAACGCUACCUGGCGGCUCUUAUGAGUUCGCGGCUGGGCUUGACGCCGACAUGAUUCCCACAAGACAUUUCUUGCGCGCUCAGAUACCUCACCUACUUCUCGAUCCAAAAAUGGGCUUCACAUGCCCCGCAGCGGUAUUUUUUCACGCCCGUUCAAAACAAACUAUUUUGCCUGACAUUUAAAGACUUUCUAUAAUAAUCCGAUCAACGACCCCCUUUUCCAAACCCAAACCAAUGUCAACAAGUUCGACGAAUACAUCAAGGACAGAAUGAAUUCCGCCUGGUGUACCGGCUCAGGUGUGUAAAACAUUUGUGAUAUGGAAGGCAAAAUGGAGUAAACAUGGCUAACUUCUUCCUUUAGGUUGGGUUAUGCGAAGAGCCGCAUUGGACGACGUGGAUGGUUUCCCAGGCCAAACUUUAUCAGAAGAUGUCCACUGCUCCAGUAAGCAGAUUGGAAAGGGAUGGAAUGCGGCUUUCAUCGCAGAGUCUUUGCAAUAUGGUCUGAUGCCUGAAUCUUACCAAGGCCACCUGAAACAACACAGGAGAUGGGUUAGUCUGCCCGAAGACUCUGUCUAAUUCUUCGCUAACUUGUUGCUUUUUACAGAAACUUGGAGGGCUGGAAUGCGGCCUUGCAAUGAAGCUAUGUUUAUUUGGUACCGAAGCCAAAUGUAUGGGCAUAUUUCAAAGGUUGUAUGGAUUAUAUUACCCUGUCAAGUCCAUCACUGCUGGAUUUGCCACACUUGGGCUUUUGACAUCACCUGCAAUACUCAUGGCAGACGUCCCCAUUGUUGUGUUUUCUGGAAUCCCAGAACUCAAGAAAUUAACACAAGCUGCAUGUGUAUCGUACGCAUGUGGAUGGUUACUGAGAUUUCACAUGUCUGCUUUGACAGGCUACAAAGCUUCGUUUAUGGAACUCUCAACAGAGAUCUGGAUGGCUCCAUGUUCGUUGAUCCGUGUUCCACUGUUUUUUGUUGAUGAGCUAACAAUUGUGCUAGACCAUACCUUGACACAAAUCCAAACUUUUCUUCUACCAAAAGGCUUCGGAGGCAAGAUCACAAAGUUUAUCCCAACAGGAACAAUUCAAGAUUCGCUUCGAGAAAGAGACCAAGGGAAACGAGCGCCACUCCAUCGUCGACUCAAGAACAUUCUUUUCGAACAAGGUGCCAUUUUCCACCUUAUUUAUGUCGUCAUGUGCUUGGCUGCUGUCGGUACCGUUUUCACAAGAGCAUACACACGCUUUUCUGGCGACUCCACCGCUUUCUAUCUAUAUCUUCUCACUCAUAUAGGAUGGGCUCCUCUACCAUGGCUUUUGACUGGAGCCGCAUGUUUAACUCCUCUACGCUAUGCCCUUUUUCCUCCAGAUGUGGCACCAAGAGAAGAACUCCUAUCCAGAGAUCCAGUUACGAACGUUGCUUACCCGAUUGAGACAGCGAAGCGCGUUCCUUGGAAGUACGAUAUGUUUGGGUAUGAGAACAUUCCUCUCGCAGUACUUGUAUACAGCUUUGCUUUGCUAUAUUGUACGCGUAUGUGGUAAAGACAUUCAUGCGAGAGAUUUCGCUUCCUUUCUCGCUUGGUUUGGAGAGAAAUGAUGAGUGUCAUCGGGACACAGAACGAGUGUGGCCUCUAGGCUUUAAUAUUUCAGAUUCUUCAUUGUAUAAUUUUAUAAACUUAAAUACACAAUAUAAACAGGCGUUAUUGCUUG